UUUUGAUUUUUUUGGCUGUUUUUCAAUUAUUUCUUUUAUUUGCAGUUAAUUGUGAAGAUGGGUAGAUACGCAUAUGGUUGAAGAGAGGGGCGAUGAUCGUACUGCCAGCAUAAUCUAUCAUCGUGCUUGUUCGAAUUUCAACAAUUGCAUAAGAUGACUUGAGAUCCCCGAGUCAGAAAUUUUCAGAAGCUUUCGGUGAUUUGUGUCUUUUCAGAAGUUCUCAGAAUCGGAAAAUAAAGCACGUAUUUACUUUUGGAACAACAUAGGUACGAUGAAUGAAAACCAAAUUGUUGUUAGGCAUGAAUCAGAAGGUGGCAAGACUCCCACAACGCGUGACGAAUCACAAGAUGUUAGUACGAUUACAAAGACCAUUAAAGGCCGUGGUCCGUCAAAAGGUGUUAAAGUCGCUAAGCCUAUGUUCCUUGAGUAUAAUGUAUAUAAUGUCCCCGAUGGACAAUGGUCUCAUGAAUACGGGAAGCAAGUUGGGAGUUGUGCUACUAGAAUUAAUAUUAACGUCCCAUUAUAUCCAAAGGUAGAUGAGCAAAUCAAGAAGGGGUUUUGGGAGGAGACUAAGCUUAUGUUCCACAUUACUGAUGAUUCUAAUCAUUCGAGGGAGAAAUAUUUUCAUUCUUGUGUGGCGAAACGAUUUAGUUGUUUCAAGAGCAAGUUGGUGCGCCGAUGGAUAACUAUGAAGGAAAAGAAGCCAAAAAAUCAAACAAACAAGAUGCCUUGGGAUGUCUACAACCAUAUCACAGAGGAUGAUUGGAAGACUUUUGUUAAACAUUAUUUCCUGCCAGAGUCAUUGCUUCGUAGUGAAAAGGCGAGGAAAAGUGCAUCAUGCAACAAGAACCCACAUCGCACCGGCCAAAAGGGUUAUAAUAGAAAGCGACUAGAUUGGAUAAAGGAUGGACGACUUCCACCAGAUGCAGCUUUACCUAUCUCGAGUAGCUCCUCGGUGAACUCAUCAGUGACCUCAAAUGUUAAUAGAGUUAGAAAAUACAGAUCAAAGGAGUGGAUUUUGGCCCAUCAAGUACAAAAUAAAGAGGGAAAGUGGGAAAUUGACCCGAACGAUACAGAAGUUGUUGAAAUCGCAACAAAAGCUUUAGAGUACAUCGCAGAAGAGGAAAAAGGAAAUCUUUCUUUCGAACAGGGUGAGGAUGCCCUCACUAAAGCUAUAGGGAAAAAAGAUCAUCGUGGGCGUGUCAAGGGAACAGGUGGCAUGGUUGGUAUCAAAAAGGCUUUCGGUCCGUGUAUUCGACAUAGUAGAAGUGACCAUGGUGAAGCUUCAUCAGAAAAUUACGAAUCAAUCAGAGCUUCUGUGAAAAAGGAGUUUGAAGGUGAAUUAGAGAAAAGGGUAGAGAAGAGGGUGGCAGAGGCCCUCCAAAAGCAACUAAGCACCUUGUUAAAAACAGGACAACUAAGCUCCAUUUCUACCCCGAUACCUGAUGACCUCCACUUAAAUGAUUCUGCCAGAGUUGACCUUGAUGUUAGUGCUACAAGAACCACUCGUCACAUCUUAGUGCCGCAACCACGCGAGCUAAAGGAAAGGACUCCAUGUCGUCUUGCCCUUGAGGAGAAAGUUUCAGGCAACAACAUUGUCGUGGCGGAUGGUAUGGUACAACCCUCAGAUGGUGCAUUGCCCCAACAUUUUACAUCGAUGAAGCCUGGUCACUAUAAAGUCCAAGUUGAUUUUGUUUACGACGGACAUGUUGAUGAUAUUCUUCCGGUACCUACGGGAGAUGGUUUCACUAACUUAGGCGGUGCUCUGGGUAGUUUUGUGCAAUGGCCCAUACACUUAGUGAUUUUCGAAGACGGCGAGGAUUGUAUUUCACCUCCUAAAAAGAAGUCCAAGUCUAAUGUUUCUAAAGAGAGGGAUGGUAGCUCCAAGAAAAAGACAACGGUGUUAGCGGCCCAAAAGAAGACAACAGACUUACCAUCCAAGGUAAACCCUCUAAAACUCAUUCGAACCUAA